AUGAAUAAAACGUGGAAAUUACUCGAUAAUGAUAUCUUAUCAAAUAUAUUGACUGAAAUGAGAUGGACAUUGCGUAUGAACAGUAAACUUGUUAUUAGUGGCAAGAAAUUUCAUACAAAGUAUAGAAACAAAAGUGAAAUGAAACAUGAGGAGGAGGGGAAAACAAAAUUACAGGAAAAUUUGGAAAAUAUAAAAGUAUCAAAAGAAACAUCAAGUAAUGCACUAUUUGAUGAAUGUCUAGAAGAAAUAUAUAAAAUGAAAAAAAAAGUUGAUAAAGAUAGUGUGGAAUAUGAUAUAUCUCCAGUUAUAGAAGAAUUAAAUAAAGAAGAAAUAAAAAUAACAAAAAAUAUAUUUGAAAGAAUUAAUAAAAAAAAAAAACAUAUCUCCAAUUUAAGUUAUAAAGACAUUUAUAUAGAUCCAUAUUGGAACCCUUUCAAAGAAGUAACAGAUUUGAGAAGAGAAAUUUCUUACGAAUUUAAUGAAUAUGCCAAAUUGGCAUCUAUUGUUGAAGUGAAAAAACAAAGGCGUGCAAUUAAGAGGUCCCUAAAAGAACAAUACAAAUUAUACAACCCUUAUUCGGAUGAAUAUAAUGAACAUGUAGGUUUUAACAAAAACACGAACACAGAUGAUUCAAUUACAUGUAAUGACAAAAAUGAAAAGUAUUGGAACCCUUCUUUUAAUAAAAAAAAAAUACUUAAUUUAAAAUGCCCGUUUAUAUGGAGGCACACACAUAUCUUACAUAAUUUCAUUGGAGAAAAUGGUCUUAUUUUACCACGUAGAAUUAAUUUUACUACUAGAAAGCAACAAAUACAAAUUUUCAAAUCAAUAUGUAUAGCCCGUAGAAUGGCUUUAUAUCCCUAUGAUAGAAAACCUGAUAAAGACGAUCUCAUCCCUUUGAUGGAUCCAUUACAAUUGCUUACCGAUGAAUUAAUACAUCGUUACAUUGAACACAGGGAUCUGCGUGCCCAAGCCAUUCUUAAAGUUAUGAUAAAUAGAUAUCCGUCUCUAAAUUAUUACAGAUAUUUCUCCCACCAAUCUACCAAAAAAACACAAGAAGAAGAAGAACAACAACAACAACAACAGGUGCACGAAAAUUUUCAUGAAUAA